CCAAGCAAACCGUUUUACAGCAGCGUACAUGCAUGGGACGUACACCGAAAAAUCAAGUGCCUUGAAGAACGGAUUUAUUAAACAUUUCAUUUAAAAGAAGACAACGCUGAAAUCCAAAAAAGUCAUCAGGACUAAAAAACGUUUAGCACCCCCCCCUCUAAAAACCGAGAGAAAAUUGGUUCAUAACGCUGAGGCAGGCUAGCAAGCUAAGCUAAAGCAAAGAUGUUUAUUUAUCUCAGUAAGAAGAUUGCGAUUCCAAACAAUACCGUUUUAAAGUGUGUGUCUUGGAAUAAAGACCAAGGGUUCAUCGCCUGUGGAGGAGAGGAUGGGCUUUUAAAAGUUCUCAAACUUGAGACUUAUACAGAUGAUGCCAAACUGAAAGGCUUGGCAGCUCCCAGCAACCUCUCUAUGAAUCAGACACUGGAAGGACACAGUGGUGCAGUGCAGGUUGUGACUUGGAAUGAACAAUACCAGAAACUGACCACCAGUGACCAGAAUGGGCUCAUUAUUGUCUGGAUGCUUUACAAAGGUUCAUGGUAUGAAGAAAUGAUUAAUAACAGGAAUAAAUCUGUGGUGAGGAGCAUGAGCUGGAAUGCUGAUGGUCUGAAGAUCUGUAUUGUGUACGAGGACGGUGCUGUGAUUGUGGGCUCGGUGGAUGGGAACAGGAUCUGGGGUAAAGAACUUAAGGGGACCCAGUUGGCACAUGUGGCCUGGUCUCCAGAUAGUAAGAUCCUGCUGUUUGGGAUGGCCAAUGGAGAGGUCCACAUCUACGACAACCAGGGAAACUUCAUUAUGAAGAUGACCAUGAGUGGUUUGGCGAAUGCAGCAGGUUCCCUCAGUAUAUCAGGUAUUCACUGGUACCCCGGAACAGAGGGGUAUCUGGAGCCAGAUUGCCCCUGCCUAGCUGUUUGCUUCACUAACGGGCACUGCCAAGUGAUGAGGCACGAGAGUGAUGACAGUCCUGUGAUCAUCGAGACGGGUAUGUGGCAUGUGGCCAGUAUCCAAUGGAAUCACUGUGGCAGUGUUCUAGCUAUAGCAGGGUCACUCAGAAACAGCGGAGCAGAGAAAGACGUAAAUGUUGUUCAAUUCUACACACCGUUUGGAGAGCACUUGCGGACUCUGAAGGUUCCGGGCAAGCAGAUGACUGCUGUAUCAUGGGAAGGUGGAGGACUCCGAAUUGGCCUAGCUGUAGAUUCUUACAUUUAUUUUGCUAACAUUCGGCCAGAUUACAAGUGGGGUUACUGCUGUAACACAGUGGUGUAUGCUUACACACGGCCUGAUAGGCUGGAGUACAGUGUGGUGUUCUGGGACACUAAGAAUAAUGAGAAGUUUGUGAAAUACGUCAAGAGUCUCAUGUCCAUCACCACCUGUGGAGAUUUUUGCAUUUUGGCCACCAAAGCGGACGACACACAUCCACAGGAGGACACUGACACUGAGGCUGGAUCAGCUAUGGCAUUUAAUGAGCUGUCCAAUCAGAACACCUCAAAGGAUCGGUCUAAGAGGAGAAAGUAUGCUCUGGUGUUGUGUAACUCCAUUGGAACCCCACAGGACUCUAAAUAUAUUGACAUCGACCCCCUGUUUGUCACUAUGACGAAGACUCACGUGAUUGCUGCAUCUAAGGAAGCGUUUUAUGUUUGGCAGUAUCGUGUGGCUAAGAAACUUACUGCUCUUGAAAUCAACCAGGUCGCCAAGACAAGAAAGGAAGGUCGAGAGAGGGUUUAUCACAUCGAUGACAGUCCAAGCGGAACAUCAGAUGGGACACUGAACUUUGCCAAAGCCUUCACAGCCACCAGAGAUCAGAUCUGCUGCAUUACAGCAUCAGACAGAAUGCUUAUAGUGGGCCGUGAGUCUGGUAUCCUACAGAGAUACAGCCUGCCCAACAUCACCCUCCUGCAGAAAUAUUCCCUUACCUCCAGACCGUAUCAGUUGUCCCUCAAUUGUAACUCCAGCCGGCUGGCUAUUAUAGACAUUACGGGCGUGUUGACGUUUUUGGACGUAGAGACACGGGCUUCGUCAGGGGAUGCAGAGGGCGGUUCCACAACUGGAGACCCAUCUAAAUUUGAGCGCAAGGAUGUCUGGGAUAUGAAAUGGGCUAAUGACAACCCAGAUCUGUUCUCCAUGAUGGAGAAAACCAGAAUGUAUGUCUUUAGAAACCUGGACCCUGAGGAACCAAUUCAAACGUCUGGCUUCAUCUGCCACUUUGAGGAUCUGGAGAUCAAAUCUGUUCUUUUGGAUGAGAUUAUGAGGUGUGAAGUUUCAGACCUCUGGUAUUUGACGGUUGAAAAUUCAGUCAGUUGUAUCUGUGCAUGCACUUCCAGGCGUCUGUUGGCAGAAGCAGCGCUGCAGAAGCUGGAUUUGAAGAUGGCUGAACAGGCGUUUGUGCGCUGUAGAGACUACCAGGGCAUUGAAUUUGUGAAGAGACUGAGCAACCUACAAAGUGAAGCCAUGAAACAAGCCGAGGUAGCUGCUUACUUCAGCAGGUUUGAGGAGGCAGAGAGGAUGUACCUGGACAUGGAUCGCAGGGAUUUGGCGAUAGGUUUGCGUAUAAAGCUCGGUGAUUGGUUCAGGGUUCUGCAGUUGUUGAAGACCGGAUCAGGUGACGCUGAUGAUGCUCUUCUGGAGCAGGCCUACAACGCCAUUGGAGACUAUUUUGCAGACAGACAGAAAUGGUUGAAUGCAGUGCAGUAUUACCUUCAGGGUCGUAAUCAGGAGCGUCUGGCUGAAUGUUAUUAUAUGCUGGAGGACUACGAUGGUCUGGAGAGACUUGCAAACUCCCUACCAGAAAACCAUAAACUGCUACCAGACAUUGGUCAGAUGUUUGUUACCGUGGGAAUGUGUGAGCAGGCCGUCAGUGCAUUUCUGAAAUGUAACCAGCCCAAAGCAGCUGUGGAUGCCUGUGUGCAUCUAAACCAGUGGAACAAAGCUGUUGAACUUGCCAAAGACCACAGUAUGAAGGAAAUUGGGCCUCUGCUGUCCAAAUACGCCUCGCAUCUGCUGGAGAAAAACAAAACUCUAGAGGCUGUAGAGCUCUACAGAAAAGCCCAUCACUUCCUGGAUGCUGCCAAGCUCAUGUUUAAGAUCGCAGAAGAAGAGGCAAAAAAGAGAACACGGCCAUUGCGAGUGAAGAAGUUGUAUGUGCUUGCUGCCCUGCUGGUGGAGAACUUCCACACCCAGAUCAAAAGUUCACAGCAAAGCAAAAUCAAGGGCAAGAAAUCAGAGGCUACCAGUGCAUUAGCAGGGCUGUUAGAGGAAGAUGAGUCGUCUUCAGACAGCCGUAUCCUGGAUGACGCCUGGCGUGGGGCAGAGGCCUAUCAUUUCUUCCUGCUUGCGCAGAGACAGCUAUACGAAGGCAAGGUGGACGCAGCCAUGAGGACAGCUCUCCAUCUCCGUGACUAUGAGGAUAUUAUCCCUGCUGUGGAGAUUUACUCUCUGCUAGCCAUCUGCUCAUCUGCCAACUGUGCGUUUGGUACUUGCUCACGUGCCUUUAUUAAGCUGGAGUCUCUGGAAACACUGACUCCAGAUCAGAGGCAGCUUUAUGAAGACCUGGCCCUGGAGAUCUUCACCAAACACAGCCCUCGAGACACCCGGCAAAGCCAGCGAGACAGUCUCACUGAUGGGCCGGAGGGCAAGUUGCCCACCUGUAUAGUGACAGGAAGAGUGAUAUCGGAGUACCAGUUCUGGAUGUGCAGUGUGUGUAAGCACUGUGCUGUGGAGCAGGAGAUCACACAACACAACUUCUGUCCUCUCUGUCACUCCUCAGUGGGAUAGAUUUUCCCAUCUCUUUCCCAAGCUCAGCUCUUGCUCCAUCAAAUGUCAGUCUUUUCGAUGUACUGUGGGACACAAACUCUGCCACAAGAGUAGAAGGCUUAAAAUAUAUGUAAUUUGGAUGUUCAAACAAAUGAUCAUAUAUAUAUAC